CAUCCGAAAAUCUAUUUAAAAAAUAUGAUAUAGGCAAGUUCUCGAUGCUCAGGGGCAGAAUAGUACUGACCCGUCAAUUAGGUCUCUAUGUGCUCAAGAAUUAUAUCCCAAGCGCUAUAAUAGUGAUCAUGACUUUCGUUGGCUUCUGGAUCCCCAUCUCGGCCUACCCGGCCAGAGUGGCACUCGUCAUAACAGCCCUAUUGGCUCUCAUUACACAACAGUAUCAGAGCUCUCAANAUCAGAGCUCUCAAGUGAACGUCUCGUAUAUAAUAGCGAUCAACGUUUGGAUGAUUAUAUGCAUUGCAUUUGUAUUCUUGGCUUUAAUUGAAUACGCGUUUGCCAUCACAUAUCACGACAACAUCACCGCAAAGGCCAAUAAAAUUAAAGCUCAAAAUCAUAAUCAUAAUAUGAAUGCGAAUACGAAUGAACCCAAAGAUAAUUUAAAUGUGGACCCAAAUGUCAAUUCAAAGUGGUUUAAAGUGUAUGCAAUCACUGGCUUUAAUAGUAAAGUCAAUCGCAUCGAUCAGAUCUCUCGAUACCUCUUUCCAUCGGUGACAAACACCGGUCCCCACACCGGUCCGGAAGAUAUGUUCAUUAAGACAAUCACUCAA